CCUGCUGUGCCCAGCCCAGGGGCUGGGAGGUUACAUGGGCUCUGGCGUUUGCUGUUGGGGCUGAGAAGCGAGUGCUCAGGGGAGGCAUGUGGCUGGCUGUUGGGGUGACUGUGAUGCCCAGGGGAGCCUGAGCCGGGCAGCCCCGCUCCCCACCAUGCUGCGCGCGCCCCCCGCCAUGAUCCAGCCACCACUGGACAUCAAGCACUUCCUGCCCUUCCCCAUGGAGGCGCAGCCAGCCGUGGGCCUGUUCCCGGGAUUCAGCACGGUAAGGCCCUGGCUGCCACCAUGCCCUGCCCUGCAGGCUCGGAUGGAUCCAGUGCAGAAGGCGGUGAUUAACCACACCUUCGGGGCACCCCUCAGCAAGGCCCGGCGCCCCGUCAUCUCCUGCAACGUCUGCCAGAUCCGCUUCAACUCAGAGAGCCAGGCCGAGGCGCACUACAAGGGGAACCGACACGCCCGGCGCGUCAAGGGCAUGGAGGCGGCCAAGACGCGGCAGAAGGAGUCGGGGCCCCGCGAGGGCGACAAGCAGGGACCCGUGGGCAGCCCCAUGUCCAGCGUCAGUGAGAGCGACUCGGACAAGCCAGCCGAGCAGCAGAACGGGCUGGGGGUGACAGUGCCCUCGGCGCCCACCUCGCCCUUCAAGCCCCCCUACCUGGCGUCUCCGGUCCCGGCCGUGCCGCCCUACCAGGCCUCCUUUGCCGAAGCGAGCCAGGAGCCCAGGGGCACGCUGGCCAAGGGGGAUGUGGCAUCAGCGCCCGCUGACACCUGUGUGCCCAGCAGCAACAGCAGCGUGGGGCCAGGGGCGGCCUCCAAGUCAGACGAGGAGAAGGCCAAGAAGCUGCUGUACUGUGCCCUCUGCAAGGUGGCCGUGAACUCCCUGUCGCAGCUGGAGGCUCACAACAAAGGUACCAAGCACAAAACCAUCCUGGAGGCGCGCAGCGGACUGGGGCCCAUCAAGGCAUACCCACGGCUAGGCCCCACGGCCAGUGGGGAGCCAGGCAGCCAGGACCCCAAUGCUCAGGAGCGCACCUUCCACUGUGAGAUCUGCAACGUCAAGGUCAACUCGGAGAUCCAGCUCAAACAGCACAUUUCCAGCCGGAGACACCGGGAUGGGGUAGCCGGGAAGCCCAACCCCCUGCUGAGCCGGCACAAGAAGCAGCGCAGCUCAGCCGAGCUGGGGGGCCCCCUGGCCUUCCCCAAGGACCUGCCGAAGUCGCUGGCAGCCGGACUCCUGCCCAGCCCCUUAGCCAUGGCGGCCGCGAUGGCAGCCGCGGCCUCUGCCCCCCUGACUCUGCGUCCAACGCCCCCACUCCUGCAAGGGCCCCCCCUGACGCACCCGCUGCUGCGUCCGGCCCCGGGGCCCAUCAGAACUGCUCACGGGCCCAUCCUCUUCUCACCGUACUGAUGCCCGCCGCCGUGCCCCUCGAUGCCCACCUCCGCUGGACCCGCCUCGUGCUCGCCCAAGCUCCCGGGGGCUGGGCAGGGACUGGGCGGGGCUUGGGGCCUUUCGUCUGUGGCUUUUUAACUGGAAUUCGGAUCCUUUUUCCCCAGAAGAAAAGGGACAAGCUCAUCCCCCGCCUGCCCCCCCAGCUCCAUCCCCCCAGACCCAGCCAACUCUGCACAAGUGCUGGGCCCCCCGGGGAAGUGGCCGAGGGGACCCCCACAGCCCCCUUCAUUGCUCUUUUCUCCCUAGUACCAAGGGUGGGGGGGGAUCUGAAUCUUGGGAGAAGGACAGGGGAAGGGAGAAGCCCCCCCGUCAGACUCCAUGGAGUGUCAGGUUGGGGGGUGACCCCAGAUUGGGGGGAAGGUCCCCCUGUACCUCAGGGAACUGAUCGCAAGCAAUCUCUUUUGUAUCUCUCUGCGGGGAGGCGCCCCCGUCCCUCCCAGAGCUGGGGGGCUCCCUACAGCCCCCAAGCAGGAUCCACGCGGGGGCAGGGAGCCCCCCAGACACACAAGCCAUGUCCACUUGCACUGAGAGGCGCAAAGCUGGGAGCCCAGGGAUGCCCGUCCACCCCGGGCUCGCGGCCCGUCCGGCCCGCCAGGAGAAUGGACACCAUUGCAAUAACGUUGGGGCCUGGGCCACCCCAUGUACAUAGCGCCCCCCCCGUGCUUCCUCCCACUGCCCACCACAGCCCCCGGCCAGCAGCCUGCGGCCCACACUGUGCCCCCACACCCGCCCCUCUGCCCUUCGGAGCAGGAGCUUUGUGUCUAGAGGUAGCGCCCUCCCCCCCGGAGCCACUGGCUGGGCCUGGCCUGAGCCCCCUGCCAUGGGGCCAGGAGUGGGCGAUGUGAGCGCAGCCUUUGAGGAGAAGCCCCGAGCUUGGGUGAUUUUAUCAGCUGUGCUGAGAAUGAGGGGGGUCUCCCAGCUGGCAGGGUGGGGGGCUGGCCGCCCUGUGGGGUAGGACUAGAUGGGGGUCCCCCCAAGCAGCACGCUGUGGGGCACCUGCUCGGAUGCUGCAGGGGCGGAGCCCCGGCUGGACCCUGGGGGUCUGAUCCAAGUGAAGCAGGGGAACCCAGCCUGGGUGGCUUGGGUACCCGGCUGUCACCUCCCUGGGGCUGCAGCCCACGCUAGGCCUUGGCCAUGCCCCCUGUCCCACGGCCUGAGGGGCUCAGCCCAGGUAAUGGGCACAAGCUGAAUCACCCUUUGCCCUGCCGUGGGGCCCCUGCUACCCCAACAGGGAGUGGGGGUGGGGGUCCCUGUGCCAGGGAGCAGGUGGUGCCCCAAGUUCCAGCCAGGACACCUCCCCUCCUACCCCCCAUGUUAGGGGAUCUGCUGGCCAGACCCUAGCUCAAAUACAUGGGAUGGAGAGGCUGGGGUUAGGGUGUGCAGGGGAUAGGGGGUGCCCCUUGAGGGCCAGGGGAAGGGAUGGGGUGCCCAUCAGGUGCCAGGGGAAAGGAUAGGGUGCAGACGGGCCACAGGAGGAGAUGGGGGCACAUCGGGGGGACAGGGGCACAUCAGGGAAAGGGAUGUGUGGGGUGCCUCUCGUGGGGGCAGGGGAAGGGUGUAGGGAUGGGAUGGGAGGUGCCCAUCGGGGGGCAGGGGAAGGGAUAGAGUGCCCAGGAGAGGGGUGGGGGGUGCCCAGGGGAGCUCCAAGUGCUACUGGAAAACUGCUGCCCCAGACGCAGACUUGCACAGGGCUGUUGUGAUGCCGUUACCAUGGUGGCCGCCCCCCAGCACCCCCCCACCCCCCAUGGGGCCACCGGAAGCCGUUCAGAGGGGGGCUGUGAGCCAGCAGCCUGACCAGGGCAGGAGCCUUAGCCAGAGAGGCCAGGUCAUUUCCGGGAGAUUAACCAGCCCUCCUCCCCUCCCCUGCUAGGCCCCCAGCCAUUAAAUCCCAGACACUCGUUAAAUGCCCGGGGCUGGCAGUGCCAGGUGGGGGGGGGUAAUACCAAAACAGCCCCUCAUCCUUACCCCAGGCCUGGUCCCCAUGGUUGCCCCUUCGGUGCCUAGUGGUCCCCCAGCAAAGGGCUUGUGUGACAGGCUAGCACCCCCCGCUGGGUGACAGUCACUGCCCCCAAAGCCCUGGCUGCCAGAGGAGAAUUGCCCUCCGCCCCCAGCCCAUGACUCCUCUGCAGGCCACUUGCCCAAAUACCUCUGAUUGUCUGGAGAGAUUCAGCUCCCAUGGCCCCCUUGACCCUGUGGGACGCUGGUCUCCACUGACGCAGGGGACGCUGAUCUGAGCUGUGGGGCCAGGGACAUCCGCUCCAGGCCCAGCGUGGGGGCUCGAACCAGCUUCCACCACCAAGGGGUUGGCUGGGGGCUGAUCUUGCCCUUGGGCCACGCCCUGCAUGGUCAGGGACAAGGGGUCCUGCCCCUCUAUCUCCUUAGCUGUGGGGCAGGCACUUGAUGGGGCUGACUGCUGCCUGCAUGCCCCCCUCCCCCUCUCCAGCCCACGGUUUGUGGGGGGGAGGAAUGCCUCAGAGCUCAGCACCCUGGGACAAUUGGGGGUGGGGGGCUGGGGUUAGGCUCCUGGCCAGACACCUGCUCCUGCCCAGGGCUCCUGAGCCCCCCAUGCUGCCUGUACCCCUGCCCCCACCGGCUCAGAGCUCAGCAUCAGAGCCCCCUGAGUUCGCACCUGCGGUUCCCAACCCCGCCAGCAAAACUGUGAUAAAGCAAAAGCAAUAGACAAGGGGGGGGGCCUAGGCCUGAUGAGCGCCUCUGCUGGGGUGGGGUGGGGUCCAGGGCACAUGCUCCCUGCAUUACCUCAGCCAAGCACUGUCCUCCGCGGGGCGCUCGGGUGAGAUCCUGCACGCCCCCCACCGCCCUCCCAGGCUUUGCCUCCACCCCGAACGUCUCUCUGUCCGUCCUGUGCUGGAUUCUUGCCGUGACACUGAUGUGUUUCCGCUCGAGCCCCCUGCACCCUGACAACAAUAAAGUUCAAGGUUUGACUCCACAA